AUGAAUAUUUAAAACUUUUAGGAGUUCUUUCCUAAUGAUUAUAUACAUCUUCUCUUAGCAGCUUUUAGUGCAGAAGAAACAGGAACUAAAGGGGGAUAAUGUCCUUUAAAAAUAUCAGAUGAUGUAAAGUUUAAAUAAGAAACUGAUAUCUAUAAAUUUAUGAAAUAAGAGAAAGAAAUAGAUAUGAAUGAACAUUUAGAAUUUUGGAAAAUAUCUGAGAUUUUUGAUGAUGCAGAAUCUGGAUAUUUAGGUUUAUUAUUAGAAAAUAAAGAAAAAAGAUAAUUAGUAUUAUCACAUAGAUCAACUAAUUUCCAAUUAUCUUUCUGUAGCAAUCUGUUUAAAUAAUCAGGUGUUUAAUGUGAUAUUAUGUCAGUUGUUAUAGGUGUUUUUUCAACUCAUUAAGCAUAAGCAUAUGAGGCUACUUAAUAAGCAGUAUAGAAGGCUAGAGAUUUGAAAUAUUCUCUAUCAUUUUGUGGUCAUUCUUUAGGAGCAUGGUUAGCAGAAUUAAGUGUUUAUUAUUGUCACUAAUUAAUUAAUCCACCUUUUCCAAAUGUAAAAGCAGUGACCUUUGAUGGACCAGGCAGUUUUGAAAUGAUGUAGUAAAUGGAUUAGCAAACUAUAAAAGGAUAAAGCUAGUUAUUUUAUCCAGAAUAAUUUGAUAUAGUAUUUUAUUUAUCUACCCCAAAUAUGGUUAAUUGUAUGAAUUCUCAUAUUGGGAUUGGGUAUAGAUUAAACUAAGAAAAUUUUGCUUCAAUUUAACUUCCCAGGUUUAUCAACAGAGUUACUGGAGCAUUUUAGACCGUUGUAGGUGCUCUAGAGGCAACAAUAGGACAUGAGCUUAAAUUUAUUAUACCAAUAUUUGAUUCCAAAACUGGAAAACCAAAACUGGAGCAUUAUUCAAGAAUUAUAAAAUGGCCAUCAAUAAAAUAUAAAAACUACUCAUAAGAAAGUAAGAUAAAUUUGGAUAAAAUACUUUUGUUGAUAUCACCUAUUUUUUCAUAAUUCUUUUUAAUAAAAAUAAUUAUGAAAAUUUUGGUUAAUUUUGCUAAUUAUAUAACAUCUUGUUCAGUUUUAGUUGGAGUAACAGAAUUUUUACGUGGAAAUAUUAAUUUUUAUCAAUUUUAUAAUGUUCAUGAAAUUUUAAAUAAAACAAAUUAAUAUUAACCUAAAGUAAAAAAUUAGGAAGAAUUUGAUUUAAAAAUAAAGGGCGGCUAUUAUAUGAAUAAUCCAAAUGAAUAUGAAAGAAACACAUGCAAUUCUAAAUAAAUUGAUCAAAUUGAUGAACAUCUUAUUAAUAUAAAGAUAAAUACUUAAAGGAUUGAUAAUUCAUCAUGUAAAAAAAUAUUUAAAUAAAUUUUAAUUUAGAUUUCAAAUACUUAUGAAUAUAAGAAGAGAGGUUUUUAAUCAUGCAUUACAAUUAAGCACUAAUUUAGAGAUUAAAUAAAUAUUAAUAUUUUAAGAGAUCAAAUAAGAAUGAUAAUAAGAGAUUAUUAGGAAGAUUUUGAACAAUUUUUGAAUGAAAAUCCAUACUUUGAUAAUAAAAAAAUUGCCUGUUUUUUCAAUAGGUUAUUUUUAUAUGAUGAAAAUUAUGUUUAGAGAAAAGAAUUAGAAUAGAUUGAAAAAGCAUUCUCUUAAUCAAAUGUUGUUGUCAUAACUGGACCUUCACAAUUUGGAAAAACUACAUUAGCUUAUUAAUAUGCAAAAAAACUUAAAGACUCAAUCAAUGCCAUAGUAUUACCAUUUAAUGCUGAAAAUAUUUCAACAUUGUAUUCGGAUCUUCAAUAUUAUCAUCAUCAUUUAUAUCAAAUACCCAAUUAAACCUUUACAUUUGAAUAUUUAUAGUAAGAUUUAUUGGCUAAAAUUUAAAAUACCAAUUAAUAAUUAAUUACAUUUGAAUUUUCUUUAUUCAUAUAAAUUUUUAUUUAUAAAAUAUAUGUUUUUAAGAAAAAAAUGAUAAAAAAAUAACAUAUAUUAAAUUUAAAACUAAAUCUAUUGAAUAUUUUUCUGUAUCAUAUUUGA